AUGCCCAUUCUCACAGCAGUUGGAACAGGAGCUCUUGCAGUUUGGAGAGGUAGAAAACGCGGCGUUGCAGUUUUCGCUACCCCAUCUUCUUUCACUGACCAGCACGAGGGAAAGGUGAAAAGCUACAACAAAGAGAAAGGUUUUGGUUUCAUCGAAUGUGCCACCACAUUCUCAACCUUCCAGCGCGAUGUGUUCCUUCACAAGCAGCAAGCAGAGGGGUUAGAGGUUGGAGAUGCCGUCAGCUUUGAAGUAGCAAUGAAUGCGCAAGGCAAUCCUCAAGCGAGGAAUGUCGUGAAGAUUCUGAAAUCUCAGUUGGGAAUCCACGAGGACGCGAUCGAUGAUGCCUGGGCUGCUGUAGAUGCUGAGGGCGAUAUUCAGGCAGCGGAGAAAGCUCCAGAUGCAUCCGAAACGGAUCCUUUCGCAGAUGCAUGGGCUAUGGCGGCUAUGGCAGAGGCGAAGGAGGUCCCAAAAGAGGCGGGUAAGGUCGUCGCCAGCGAGGACGAGUCAGAAGCCAGUACAUUCUGUAGCAAAGCGCAUGAGCUGGCUGAGGAACAACCAGGCAAUGAAAAAUAUUGGGACAAGAUGGGACAAGAUGGAACAAGAUGGGACAAGAUGGGACAAGAUGGGACAAGAUGGGACAAGAUGGGACAAGAUGGGACAAGUGUCAAGUAUGGAGAAGUCUCAAAGAAGUACUGCUCCCCAAUCACCAUGUGCAGCCGCCAGGAUGUGCAUCCAAGUCCCUCGACCUCCCCUGCCUUGAGUUUGCCGCAGAAAGCAACUCUGCGGAAGGAUCUCAAGCGACAAGGGCCAACAUCUGGUAUCGACACUGACCGCCAGGCUAAAAUCCGUGCACUGGCUUUGGAGAUUCGAUCAAAGUCUCGGCAACAUGAAGCGAAGCAACAGGAGAAGCAGGAACUCGUUUUGGAGUUCGAGGAGGCUGAAAGUGCACCAACACCAUCUACUUUUACGUUUGUCGAUGGAAACCGGCUUGAAGCUAAGCUUCCCGCACUAGAGCAGAAGGUGUUGAACUGCCAAGAUGAAGUCGAGAGAGUUGAAAUUCUUGCAGCGCCAUUGAUGGAGGCGAUGAGCGGUCUCCAGGACCUGCAGCUCAGCGCUGUCCGCGACACUGAAAGGGCUGUGAAAGCCACGCGGUUGAAUCUGGAACAAGCAACAAAAGAGCUUGACAAGAUUCGCACCGACGCGGAAGCACUUCCGAGCUCCAAGGAUUACUUGGUGCCAAAAAUACUUGAACUGGCGGAAAAGCUACAGGCUGCUUCGCUCAAACUGGACGAGCACAAGCAUGUGCGACGUGACUACGAGCUUGCGAAACAGGCUGACAAGGUCUGGAGCGAUUUGGCUAGCCGACUUGCCAUAGUCGAAAUGGACUGUGAGAAGGCAGCGACAAUGGCAGAUCCUGAUGCAAAGGCUCCAACGGCACCACAUAUGCAUGAAAACAAAGAAGCCAUCCGCAUCGCUCAAGCGAAGCUAGCUCCUACAGCCCGUCUCAUCGCCGGAAAGGUAGGUCUGCUGAAGGGUCAUGCCAAAACAAAGAUGCUAGAGCUCCUAAGCAGGGCAGAAGCUGCAAAGGCAUCUUUGGAGAAGGCACAAAAGAAAAUGGAAGAAGCUCAAAGUCAUGUGGCUGCUAUCCCCUUGCUGAAACAGGCAUCUGAAAGACUUGCAGUCGUCGAGCAAGUCAUUGAGAAAAUGAGGGACACUGAAGCACCCUUCCUGAUGGGCAUCGAAAAUUUGCCACCAGAGGAUGUUGUGACUGCGCUCGAGCAGAUGGAUAAGGCUGCAGCAUCAGCAUUGACGAGCCUGGCGGAUGCACACAAAUAUGUUGGCCUCAAGUUGGUAGAGGCCGGCCGCUUGGCAGAGGCAACAGCUGAGUCCACCUGCCGGGACCUGGAAAAGGUAAAGCGGCAAUUGGAUGCAAACAUCGCCAAGGUCCGAAAAUUUCAGGCAAACGCCUCUGAGAGAAGACGCAGUGUCGUCAUUGCGGGCAUGAAGGAGCAAGUAGGCCUUGCUGAAGCAGGAGUUCAGAAAUUGCAGGCUUUGGCAGGCAACCUAAAAGACUCCAGCCUGGAAAAGAUGUCAGAGUGCCUGGAACAGACACACCGGGCAGAACUCCAGGCACAAACCGCUUUGACGGCAGCCCGACGAGAAGUGCAAGACAGGCAGCAGGAAUUGCGCAAUAGCGCCGACAACAUUGCUAGCCUCAAGAACAACAGCGAGGUCCUUCGUUGCAAGGUCCGCGUGGGGAACUUGGAAUCAGAGCUGAAUAAGUUUCGAAAGCUCUCCCAAGAGGCCAGCGAAAAGCUCAAGGUGCACUCAUCCCUCCAGCAGCUCAGCGAGGAUGUGGCUAAGGCUGAAGCUAAAGUUGAGAGUUUGCUUCCUGGUGGGGAGCAUGUGGAGCAGCCACAGGAUGACAAAGCCAUACUAGACUUGGAGAGCGCACUGAAUGCAGCAACCAUGCAGGUGGAACAAAAGAUUCCAGCAGCAUCAGGAUUGGAGCUGAAAGAACUUCGCACGCUCCUGGAACGAGUGCAGACGGCUCAAGAAGGAUUCAGUGAAGUCAAGGAAGCUGCUCGCGAACGAUCUCGAGCUCAGUCUCUGAGCAAGCUCGCAGAGGCUGCUGAAGCUGUGCGUGAGCUCGAGAAGCGCCUCGAUGCCCUGUCUGAUGCGGUCGCAAAGCCCGAUGAGCUGCCAAUCAAACGCUUGCAAGAAGCUUUGCUAGAAGCACAAGAAGCUCAAAGACUUAGCCAGGAGGUCGUAGACGUACAAACUGGGCAGAUAUCUCUGGAAGCAAAAGUGGAGCUUGCAAAGUUUCAAGCGCGCUGCAAAGCAGCACAACGAAAGGCAAAGACGUCCUGUGAUGCCUUGGGAUUCUGCUAUCAGCGCAUGACCUCCGAGUCCAAGUCUGCAGUCAGGGACGCCUUACGGAGUGCCGCGAAGCGAGGCGAAGGCCCAUUCCAAGCAGAGGAGCUGUUCACAGAGCUGACAAAAGGCAACACAGAAUUGACGAAGCAGGACAUCUUUGAUUUCUUUGACCGAUAUGGCAUGGAAGGUGGACUUUCAGAGGAUAAAGUGAAUGCAGCGGUAGAGCAGCUCGUACCUCACGGCCUUACGAAGAAAACCUUUGUGGCGCUGCUUUGUGACUACCAGAGGGUCGUCCGGGAGAUCAGUCUUACAGACAGCUUCGCCAUUCAAGCUGCGCAGCAGGUGCGCCAGUUGGAGAUCGGAGAGCUCGUCAACAUCCAAUCUCCAAUUCAGAGGGAUGAGCUUGGAUUGGAGCGUGCCAUGUGCCAAGCUGUCAAAGAUGGAGCCUCCGGGUGGGUCACUGUUCGAACCAAGGCCGGCAUUUCCUACAUGAAUGCAGCUGAGAAGCCUUAUCUUUGGUGUGCACAAGAUGUGCUGCUGAAGAAAAGCGCCAGUGCAGAGGAAGGUUUGCGGGAACUUCAAAGUGGCGAAUGUUUGGAGCUUCUGGAGGGGCCAAAAGAGGAGUUGGGCUCAGAGAUGCGCCUCCGAGGGGUCUCAUGCAGCGAGGAAGUCAGUGGGUGGCUGCAAGUCCGCAAUCAAAAUGGUGAAGUGGUGGCACAAGAGCAUCAGAACGUCUACAAAUGCAUCGGGCCCAUUGCCAUGACGGAUGUUGCUGACUUGGAAACUUGUUCGAUGCUGCGCAAGAUCGAAGUUGGAGAAGCCUUGGAACUCCUGCCAUCCGAAGGCACUGAGCGGCGCAUGUUCCGAGCAUGCAAAGAUGGCGCUGAGGGAUGGGUCACAAUCGCCGGAAAUCAGGGCAAAGCUUACCUCAAGCCCGUGACGAAGCAUUACAUUUGCCGUGAAGCCAGUCCAGUCCAUUCUGGCCUCGGUCCUGAAUGUGGCGUUCUACACGUUCUGAUGCCUGGGGAGGCCUUCAUGGCGUUUGAGGAUCCGAAGGAGGUAAGCGGGGGCGAGCAGCUCACCAUCUACAGAGUUCGGGCUGUGAAGGACGGUGCCGAAGGCUACGUGGUGAACUCUACCGGCGAGGUGAGGCCAUGGAGUCCCUGCUACAAAGUCCUAAGCUCUGUGCCUUUGACGCAAGCGCUUGCGGCCAAUAGCACGGUGGAUUCCAUCCACAUUAUCCGAGUGCUUUCUCCUGACGAGUUGGUUGAUGCCACUGAGCCGGCCAUGGAAGACUCGUCAACCGGGCAGCUGAGGAUUCGAUGCAUUGCCAGAAAGGACUUGGCCAUUGGUUGGGUGACUGUUCGUGACACGGUUUCUGUGCACUUGCUUCCUGCUGAGAGCGAAGGAGAAGCAGGCAAAGUUCCAGCAGAGCCACCUCGAAGCGCCAUGCGACGCUUGAAUGUUGCACUUUUGCGCGGUGCAGAAGAGGCAGUCAAGAAGAAAAUGGAGUUGGAAGAGCAGCUAGCAGACUCUGCUAUUCUCCAAGACCAGAAAGCUUACGCCAAGAAGUCCACCACUUUGGCUCGCUUCACCACAAUCUCUGACACACUGGCCGAGCUUCGCAGAGUUGCAGAAGAAGCUUCAGAUGCGAAACAAAUGGCUGCACAGUACACUCCGGGUGACGAGAUGCACGAGCUCGCAUUGGAGGAAGCCAGAGAGCUGCGGACCAAGCAGGAGAUGAUCACCCCAGAUGACCGGGAUGAUGCCACAUCUGUUUUGGUUGAGGUUCGACCAGGUGUUGGUGGAGAUGAAGCCUGCCUGUGGGCAGAGGACUUGGUCAGCAUGUAUCAGAAGUAUUGCACUGCCGAAGAGCUUCGCUUCAAGGUCAUCUCAGCAACAAAGAAAGAGGGUGGCGGUUACCAGGAGGCCACGCUUAGUGUCCAAGGGGCUGGCGCGUGGACAAAGUUCAAGUUUGAGAGCGGUGUUCACCGCGUUCAGCGAGUCCCAACGACGGAGAAAGCUGGCCGGAUCCACACCUCCACUGCCACUGUAGCGAUCAUGCCGGAGAUUGAUGAUACAUCAUCCAUUGAUGAGGAGAAGAUCUUGAAGGAAAUCAAGUUCCAGUACUGCCGCUCUGGUGGAAAGGGUGGUCAGAAUGUCAACAAGGUCGAGACCGCCGUUCACGCGACUCAUGAACCGACUGGCAUCCACUUCUUCGUCACACAAGAGAGGUCUCAGCUGCUAAAUCGAGAGAUUGCAACGAAGCUAGUCAUCUCCAAGCUGAAAAAUAUGGAGGCUGAGGCAGCAGCGGCAGAGGAGGCAGAGAUGAGAUCUUCCCAGAUCGGCAGCGGCAGUCGCAGCGAGAAAUCUCGGAGCUACAACUUCAAGGAGAAUCGCGUUACUGAUCAUCGUUUGAACCAAAACUUUCCUUUAGCAGUGGUAUUGGAAGGAAACUUGCAAGAGCCUGUCCGGCUUAUGGCUCUCCAAGAAGAGAGGGAAAAACUUGAAGCGUUGGAGCGGAGCUUUCAGAAGAUGCCAGCGUGACAGGGCCAUUCUGUGCGCGCAGCAGGUAUUUCCUGCCCAUGCCAGCAUGGAGGCAUUGAGAAUCUAUCAGGCUUUGAUCUCCGAUGAUGUUGCUUUGCUGGACUGUCUUGGACUCAAUUUUAUCCCAAUUUUCAGCAACAGGCCUUAAAAUUCAGGGGCCUGUCGCUCUGACAGACCGCGGCUCUGACCAGC